UCUCCUGCGAUCUAAGUUAGAAAUUAUAUAUAUUAAGCAUUCAACUGAUUUUGAUUUUGCUCAUAACGGGAAGUAGAAAAUCCUUUUCUUGUUUCCUUUUUAUCAUUUUUCCAGAUGCCCUUUCCCAUGAUUUUUGCAAUUUUCUGGUUUAUUUGUUGAUAAUUGUAAGGUUUAAAUGUGGGUUUCUCUUUCUUUAGGUAUUUUUUAAGUUGAUUACGUAGGAUAUACUUAUUAAAACUGUAUUCGGAAGGAUCGAUAAAGAUCAUUGGUGAGGAUGGCUUGUCGAGGAUGCUUAGAGUGCUUGUUGAAGCUCCUGAACUUCUUGAUGACUCUUGUUGGUUUGGUCAUGGUUGGAUACGGCAUCUAUUUGUUUGUUGAGUACAAAAAUGCUGACGAUGCUGCUAAGCUAUUGUCACCUGUGGGCAAUAAUCAAGAUUUGAUACAGUUUGGUAGGCCCAUGUUCAUGGCUGUGUCUCUUUCGUCUGAUAUUUUCGAUAACCUGCCAAAAGCAUGGUUUAUAUACUUAUUUGUUGGAGUAGGUGUGGUUCUCUUUGUUAUCUCUUGUUUUGGUUGUAUUGGAGCUGCAACACGGAAUAUAUGCUGCUUGACUUGUUAUUCUGUUUUGGUGAUCUUCUUAAUCUUGGUGGAGCUAGGAUGUGCAUCUUUCAUAUUCUUCAACAAACACUGGAAAGAAGAACUUCCUAUGGAUAAAACUGGAGAUUUUGAUAUGCUAUACAAAUUUCUGGAAGAAAACUGGACUAUUCUCAAGUGGGUUGCUCUUGGAAUUGUUAUCUUACAGGCUCUCAUUUUCUUGUUAGCCCUUAUGGUUAGGGCUGCAAACAGACCUGCUUAUUACGACAGUGAUGAUGAGUUUAUUGCACCGAGGCCACAAAUCAGACAGCCUUUGAUCAAUCGGCCACCAGCACCAGCUGCAGGUGUACCUGUUCCCACCCUUGAACAACGGCCCAGCAGAAAUGAUGCUUGGAGUACACGAAUGAGGGAAAAGUAUGGGCUGGAUACAUCGGAGUUCACCUACAACCCUUCCGAGUCAAACAGGUAUCAGCCGGUGGCACAACCAGCAGAAGAAAGGAGUCGGUGCACCAUUAUGUGAUGACAUAUUUUGGGUUUUGUGGAAAUCUUAUUUGGUUGGCUCCCGGAGAAGAUUGCAUUGACAAUGGAG